AUGAAUUCGAUGAUUAUCGAAUACAAAGGCGAGGUCAUACGCAGUGAGGUAUACGAUUUGCAGUUUGAUUUUACAUUUUUAGCAAGUAAAUUUCAAUUGCGAAUUGUGCUUUCCUCUAGCUUGAAAGUUGGAGAAAUGCGGGAAAAGAAGUACGAAGGUCAGAAUCGCGGUGUUUAUAUGUUUCGAGUUGAUGAUGAGAGACUCAUUGAUGCGACGAUGGCUGGUGGCCCUGCGCGCUACAUUAAUCACUCGUGUGAUCCAAACUGCAGUACACGAUUGGUUGAUUCAGGCCCUUCCGGGGAUGACAAAAAAAUUAUCAUUAUCGCGAACAGACCGAUCAGUGCUGGUGAAGAGCUGACAUACGAUUAUCAAUUUGAUAUUGAAGAUACAGCGGACAAAAUUCCCUGCUUAUGUGGUGCUCCAAACUGUCAGAAAUGGAUGAAUUGA